UUUGUCUUUCAAAUUAUUAUUUUUGAGUCAAUUCUUCACAACUUAAACAGAUAGCCAGCCUGCAAUCUAACCUUUUAGUCAUCAGAUAUUCCCCGAAGAUGUUUCUUGGAAUUAAGACAUGGCAAAAAGUUGAUCUCGUGAGCAUUUUCACUUUUGUAUUUAUUAUUUAAAAAUCUCAGUUUAAUCAAUAAGUUGUAAUAAUCAACAAGUGUGUCUUCAUAACAAUGGAUAACUUGAUUGUCAGCAGUUGCUGUUGUUUUAAUUUAAGACAAGGAUGCAAAAUUAUUGCUGUUGUUACAAUUUUGAUGACAGUAUUUGAUAUUUUGUGGUCUAUUGAUGAAUUGGGUUUUGAGAUCCUUCCUAAGUUUGAAGAUGACAAUGAACUGACUCGAUAUCCUAAAUGGCUUAUUUACUUCAAUCUCAUUUUGACUGUUCCAUCCAUUCUAUCAUGUGGAUUCCUUCUCAUUGGCAUAUCAACGAAUCGCGCAAAGUUUUUGAUUCCAUUUAUUGUUCUUCAGACAAUCUUGUUGCCGUACGAUAUAACAUUUGAACUUAUUAAUCCAGAUAAUUACGGAAUUAUUAGCUUGUUUUUAUUUUUAAUGAUUCUGUUCGUUUUCUUGGUUGUUUACUUUAUUAUUUGUGUCUACUCAUUGUAUGAGAUCAUGCGACGAGAGAGAACUUGAUGAUGUUGAGAUGCAAUUAGUUAAUAAUUAAGAUAAUUUGUGUUUAUAAAAUAAAAUAAAUUGUUGUCAAGUAACUUUAAGAAUUCUUACUAAAUCUUACAAAAAAAAGAAAGCUUUUCAACCCUUCAUGAUCCAAAAAAGAAAGCUCUGUUUUCGCCCGGUCUCGAACCGGGGACCUCGAGUGUGUUAGACUCGCGUGAUAACCCCUACACUACGAAAACGUACAGCAUCUUAUGUCCAUUGAGCCACGGCCAAUGAACACUGAUUUGUUUGAUUUUGGAGAAAUUUUGUAUUUCAACUUGAGAAAUUUUUUUUAAGGUCUAUAAAAAAUGUUGAG